UUGUACUGGCAACUUUCGAGCGGCAUGGCUUUAGUUACAAUGAAUACAUGUGUUUUAAAAUUGAUAUUGAUUUUAUUUUUAAACUUUUUAACGUGUCAUUCAAUAGAUGUCGACAGCAAUGGUUAUAUUGUCUAUUGUCCUUGCAUGGUGCUGGAUUGUCUAAUGAAGCAUGUGUCUAGAGGCCCUGAAAUUGGAAAAAGAAGGUUUGGGAAUCAAGCAGAUCACUUCUUGGGGGCCUUAGGAUUUGCUCAUGGGUUGAAUCGAACAUUAAUAUUACCUCCUUGGGUCGAAUACAGGCCAGGAUAUUCCAAGUCUGUACAAGUUCCAUUUGAUACAUAUUUUAAUGUAGAAAGUCUUCAAAAAUUUCAUAGAGUAUUAACAAUGGAAUAUUUCAUGAAACAUCUUGCUUUGUCUGUUUGGCCUCCUGGAAAUAGAACAGUUUUUUGUUUUACUAGUCGAGGAAAUGGAAAUGGUUGUAAUGCAAAAGAUGGAAAUCCUUUUGGACCAUUUUGGGAUACAUUCAAUAUUGAUUUUGAUAAUUCUGAAUUUUAUUCACCAUUAAAUUAUGAUAUUUACUAUCGUAACAUGGCAGAAAAAUGGAAUAAAAGGUAUCCAUCCGAGAAGUUUCCUGUAUUAGCUUUUACUGGUGCUCCAGCUAGUUUUCCUGUGCAGAAAGAAAAUCGAGAUUUACAUCAGUAUCUUGAAUGGAGUGAUAACAUUAAAAAGAAAGCUACUAAAUUUAUUAAAUCAACUUUACCAACAGGUGGUUUUAUUGGAAUCCAUCUUAGAAAUGGAAUUGAUUGGAGUAGAGCCUGUGAACAUAUUCAGCACAGCCCAUUAUUGUUUUCAGCCCCUCAAUGCCUAGGAUAUAACAAUGAACAUGGUUUUGCUACUAAUGAAAUAUGCUUCCCAUCUAAAGACACCAUCUUGCAACAAUUAAAGAGAGUGGUGAAAGCAGUGAAAGCUCGUUCAGUGUUUGUAGCAUCAGAUAAUGACCAUAUGAUCAAUGCUAUUAAUGAAGCAUUAAAGUAUUUAAAGGUCAAAGCUUUUAAACAAGACAAUGAUGAUCCACAUGUUGAUUUAGCCAUUUUGGGACAAUCAAAUCAUUUUAUUGGAAAUUGUAUUUCAUCAUUUUCUGCUUUUGCCAAGAGGGAGAGAGAUGUUAACAGUUUGCCAUCUUCAUUCUGGGCUUUUCCAGUUGACACAAAGAAAGUGUCACCAGGAACAAUUCAUGAUGAAUUUUAACUUAUCACUUUUUUAUAAAAACUGAAUGGCUGACAUGUUAAUGAGCAAAUAACACUGAAACCAAGUGUAAGUAACCAAUUAGAGGAGGGAAUUUUAUUCCUUUUCGUCAGGAUAGUCUAGAGUCCUGGCAUAUGUGGGUGGCGGUUCUUGAGGCAGAAAAAGACAAGAGUUUACAAAAAUGUUUAUUGGGUCAUUAUAUGCUUACAUUCUAUAGGUCUGUCCGAAAGAUUUGGAGUUCAUAUCUUUGUCGGACUUUUGUCUUCUUAGGGUAUGCCCGAGGUCAGUAAUGAGUUGAGGUUUGGAGACUUAGACAUGUACACAGGUUGGCAGAAAGUCAAUUUCUGAUCAACAAUGAAAUAGGAAUUCUCAGCUCAAA